GUAGAAACAGAAGAAGCCAUUGCGGUGUCGUGGCUCAGUUAACAACACACGAAAAAAAACGGGGGAGACAGGCGAGCGAUCGAAAGAGCGAGCUGGCUGUCAGCGGGAUCACUUCGCAUUUUUCCCCAAGCCACAUUCACAUGAGCAGACGAGUCAAGGCAUUCGGCAGACGAAUCCACGCCUGAAGAACGAGAUUGAACAGCUCCAAAUAUGUCAUUCAUAUUUGAAUGGAUUUAUAGCGGGUUCAAUAGUGUACUACAGUUUUUAGGACUGUACAAGAAGUCGGGCAAGCUGGUGUUCCUCGGCCUGGACAACGCCGGCAAAACCACGCUACUGCACAUGCUCAAAGACGACAGACUGGGACAGCACGUGCCCACUUUACAUCCCACCUCAGAAGAGCUGACGAUUGCCGGCAUGACGUUCACCACGUUUGACCUUGGAGGCCACGCGCAAGCCCGCCGAGUGUGGAAACACUACCUCCCUGCCAUCAACGGCAUCGUUUUCCUGGUGGACUGCGCCGACGGCGUCAGAUUGGCAGAGUCCAAAGCGGAACUUGAUGGUUUGAUGACGGACGAGACCAUUGGGAACGUGCCCAUCCUCAUCCUGGGCAACAAGAUCGACCGGCCGGAGGCCAUCAGCGAGGAGCAGCUGAGGGAAAGGUUUGGACUGUACGGCCAGACGACGGGCAAGGGCAACAUCCCGCUGAAGGAGCUGAACACGAGACCCCUGGAGGUGUUCAUGUGCACCGUGUUGAAGCGCCAAGGAUACGGAGAGGGAUUCCGCUGGCUCUCGCAGUACAUCGACUGAAGGCGGCGCCACCUGCCGCACCCUCACCGCAACUACAACAAAUAGAAAGAGCAGCAGCAGCGGCGGCGGCGGCGGCGGGCGUGACCGCCCACCCACCACCAAGACGACGAUGACAACAACUCGAUCCCAAUAGACUUUUAUUGGUUCUUUGGGUUCUGCACUUACACAACCACACAUUCGUUUGUCCCUCUCUAUAGCGCAAAGUGGACAACCUUCCCCCCCCCCUCCAUACAACGGCGUCCAUUUGUUCUUUACACGGCAUUUCUAUUCAAUCAUGUUUUUGUUUACUUUUAUGACGGCAUCAAUAAACGGAAAGGACCAACACCCCC